AAAAGAGCAAAUAAAUGGCUUUGAUUAAUGCUGUUGGUCAAUCUUGCUCUUUUUAAUACUUACAUUCUUGUUUGAAAGCCAUUUAUUUGCCUUCGCUUCUGUUGUUGAGAUCUGUUCAAGGAGCAGUUUGGAGCCACGGCCAGGAGGGAUUUUAUAGUUGUGGUAUGUGCUAAUUAUACCUGUUCCUGGGCCAAGAGACUCUACUCACACAGACUUACGUCUUAAUUGCCUUCUGAAUGAAUACUGCAAUGCGCUUUUCAUGGUCCUGCCCUUGAAGCUGCAGCAGGUGUAAGAUGCAAUGGUCUGGGCAGUUAUUUAUUUAUUUUUAUUGAUUGAUUACAUUUGUCUGUCAUCCAUCUUUUCACAAGGCAAGUCAUGUGAGCUCAUUAUGUCAGCUUCUUGAUUGAUGCUUAUUUCGUCUCUACUCAAUGCAUUAGUUACCAGUGUGCUUCUGAGUUCAAUUCAGGUGGUUGUAGUUACUUAUAAAGCCCUGAAUGUGAUGGGUUUGGAUAAUUUAAGGGUUUUCUUUCCCUGAUUGUGUCUAUCCAUCCCAUCAGAUCCAGCAGGAUAUUAUUAAAGAAUAUCAUUUGGUGGAAUUCAGAAGAGACCUUUUUCUGUCAUGGUACCCACUCUUCAGGACAUCAUGUCCUGGGGAUUAGAUUAGUCCAAACCUGGUUUCUUUUCAUACAGCUUUGAAGACCAGAUUAUGCCACUGCACAUGGAAUCAGAAUUUGUGACAGAGUCUGUCGGAUGGUUAUGUUAGUGGUUCAGAUGGGUUUUAACCUUGGCUGCCGGUUACAUACAGUCAGGUCCAGAAAUAUUGGGACAUCGACACAAUUCGAACAUCUUUGGCUCUAUACAUCACCACAAUGGAGUUGGAAUGAAACAAACACAAUGUGCUUUAACUGCAGACUGUCAGCUUUAAUUUGAGGGUAUGUACAUCCAGGUCAGGUGAAUGGGGUAGGAUUUACAGCAGUUUGCAUAUAUGGUAUAGCAUACUUUAUGGAACAGAAGAUUUCCCUACCACCACCACUACAAAAUCCCAACCACGUAUUGUAAAAUGUCUACAAUAUAUAAAUAUAAAAUGGCGACCAAACUCUUUACAACCAAAAGGGGACCCCACUCAAUUGGCUCUUGUUGCCUUGUAUAAUAUCGAUUAUUUUUUCCAUUAUGUGUAUCAUUCUGGUUCUGAAGGAGAGAAUAAACAAAUGUCAUCAACCCAAGCUUGCAAAUCUGGAGUGGCACUGGUUCUCCAUUGUCUUUGCUUUGUUCUGUUCAGUAAGUUCAUAGUUCUUCAUAUAUUGAUAAAUUGUAAUUUUUUGUUAUAUAAUUCAAAUCACAUUCACAGUUUUAAGCCGCCUUCUUCUUCUUAAAACCGUGUUAACUAAUUUAGGAAUAGGAAGCAAAAUGAGCCAAUAUUAGAUACGUUAGUGUACCUUCCAUUAUUUUCAAUGAAAUUGGCAGCCUAUCUUUUUAAAAGAUUCUUUGAGGUUGCCAGGAAAUAUUAAAAAUAUUUUGUUGAAUUAGUCUCAAAUUCAUAGAAACAUAAUAUUAAGAUUCUUAUCCAUUUAUUUCUUAGGAUAGGUUUUCUGACACUUCCUUUUGCAAAUAUUCACCUUAAUAGUUCUCUUUUAAUUGCCUGUAAAAUACAGUAGAAUUAAAAUAAUCAAAAUGCAUUUCACUGAUGGUAAUAAUUUAGGAAUUUCAGAUGAUGCUAAUGUAUCUUGAUCAUAUUGUGAAAUCAAAAGAUACUUUAAUCGAUUAUGCUCUGGUGCUUAAUUUUAGGCAAUCCAAAUUUCUCUUGAGAUAAAUCCAGCAUCUUGAAUUCCAAAAUUAGAUUAUUAAUUUGUGGAAAAAGAAUUUACCUUCUAUUUUCAAACUGGGAUAUCACAAAGUUUAAGUUUAUCUUGUGAAUAAGAAUGCAAAUUAAACUUAAUUAAUGCUAGAAAUAUUGUUGAAUUAUGAAUAAAAGAAUCCCUAUUGUCAUAUCAAAGGUGUAUAUAUAAUAUAAAAACUUUCUGAUUGGGCUCAUAAUGUUUCUUGAAUUUGACAAUUAGGAUUCCAUAGAAAAAAUAUGCCUACUGAUAACAUUUAAAGUCAGGAUAGUUUUAAUCCCCCUCCCCAUACUCACUAUAACAUUCCACAUCUUACAAAAUCUCUACUGUAGUUCUAGGGGAUAUUUUGCUUGUUUGAUUAGAUAUCACUUAAGACAAAGGUAGAAUAUAUACUAUAGAUGAGAUUUUUUUCAUUCUAGCAACUCGUCUUUCUUCAUUUUACUUCUGGUUUUGAAUUAAUGUUCAUUUAGAUAGAAAAGGAUCAAAGCAUACAUGGAAAUACAAGAUGCAUUUGGAACAUCAAAUAAUUUUACAUCUGGUAAAUGAUGUACUUCUCACAUUUCAGAGGCCAAAGAGUAGUCAAAGCGUUGCAGCUUCCCUUAGCCAAUGAUGGCAGCAGCCGUUCCUCCUCGUUGGAAAACUCACCCCAACAUCACACACCUCCAUCCCGCCCUCGAAAUAUCUUGGGCCUUCCUCCUCAGCCAUCAUUCCUCAUGCACAGGAGCAUGGAGAGCAUAGAAAUUGAUCAAAAACUGCAGGAGAUCAUGAAGCAAACUGGUUAUUUGACCAUUGGAGGCCAGAGAUAUCAAGCUGAAAUCCAUGACUUAGAAAACCUUGGUGAGAUUGGUAGUGGGACGUGUGGACAGGUGUGGAAAAUGCGCUUCAAGAAGACAGGACACAUCAUAGCUGUGAAGCAAAUGCGUCGUUCUGGUAACAAAGAGGAGAACAAAAGGAUCCUAAUGGAUUUGGACGUGGUGCUGAAGAGUCACGACUGUCCCUACAUCGUUCAGUGCUUUGGGACUUUCAUCACAAACACUGAUGUUUUUAUAGCCAUGGAGCUAAUGGGCACCUGCGCAGAGAAGCUGAAGAAACGCAUCCAAGGUCCCAUCCCUGAGAGAAUCUUGGGAAAGAUGACUGUGGCGAUUGUGAAAGCCCUCUAUUAUUUGAAAGAGAAGCAUGGUGUCAUUCAUAGAGAUGUGAAGCCUUCCAAUAUUUUGCUGGAUGAGAGGGGGCAAAUCAAGUUGUGUGACUUUGGGAUCAGUGGGAGGCUGGUAGAUUCAAAAGCCAAAACCCGGAGUGCUGGUUGUGCAGCAUAUAUGGCGCCUGAAAGAAUAGAUCCUCCUGAUCCCUCAAAACCAGAUUAUGAUAUCCGUGCAGACGUGUGGAGCCUGGGCAUUUCCCUGGUUGAGUUAGCUACAGGGCAGUUUCCCUACAAGAACUGCAAAACAGAUUUUGAGGUCCUCACCAAGGUUUUGCAGGAAGAUCCUCCUCUUCUCCCAAAUAACAUGGGGUUUUCUGUGGAUUUCCAGUCCUUUGUAAAAGACUGCCUUACUAAAGAUCACAGGAAGAGACCAAAGUACAACAAGCUACUUGAACACAACUUCAUCAAGCGUUACGAGACACUGGAAGUGGAUGUGGCAUCCUGGUUCAAAGAUGUCAUGGCUAAGACAGAGUCACCCCGCACGAGCAGCAUCCUCAGCCAGCAUCACCUGCCAUUCUUCACCAGGAUAAAAGAAAGAAGAGAUGGGAUCCAGUCAUUUAAAAUCCGAAGGCACCUUUUAAACUGGCCAAAGCUAACAGGUUGAUGGAGGCAUGCCAGAGGAACCGUGGUGUCUCAGUCACUAAUCUCAUUUUGUAAUUAGCAGGCAAUCGGAGCCAUCUGAAAGUCUGGAAAUGAAAGGUGGCCAGAGAGUUUUGGAAGUGAAUCGGGAAGUUAUUUUCAGGCAGUUCCCAAUGGUAUCUUUUCCAAGGUUCUGGGGCUAAUGAGCAACUUGGAACCUCUAAAUGUUGUCCUGAAGAUGAGACUUGUUCUUGCUUUCUCCUACUAGCAAAAGCUUGGAUAUUACGGCGGAGGCCAGAAAAGACCCCACACAGCUUUAUCCUCAUCAGGAGACUAUAGUUGUGUAGGGCUGAAAAGGAGGUGCGUUUGUACUUAUUGCGAUCCCAGAUACAUCCAGCCUGAUAUCACCCUGCAUUCUGCAUUCAGUACAUCUUGAUCAUUUUGCAAAAGAAGCCAUUGCAUUUAAAGCAGCGGUCCCCAACCUUGGCAACUUUAAGACCUGUGGAUUUCAACUCCCAGAAUUGGAAUUCAAUUCUGGGAGUUGAAGUCCACAAGUCUUAAAGUUGCCACGGUUGGGGACCCCUGAUUUAAAGGACUGAAGGUGGGGACCCCUGCCACGGUUGGGGACCCCUGAUUUAAAGGACAGAACCAGUGAAGGAAGAAGAAGCUUUAGUAAAGCCAUGUGUUCAAACUGGGAAUAUGGAGGGCUUGGUUAUUAGAGGCAGGUUGCAAUGAAAUCAGAUGGGCCUUGCUGAGGUUUCCUCGUAGAAGAUCAAUGUGCAAAUCUUGCUGGAAAAUAGAUGAAUAAUAUGCAUGUUAUAUGAAUGCAGUGCUUUUGAAAACAAAUCCUAACAAAAAUUGCAAAGUGUCAAAAGAAUUUGGAGAGAAAAGAGAAUUGUUUGUACAAGAUGUAGAUCACCUGCUCAGCCAACUGGAUUGUGGUUACUUCAUCAUAUAGCAUACUAAUAUUCCACCAGCUUUAAUUAUGACUAUUAAGGUGUCAUUUUUCAGAAACUGAAAAAAGGCAAUUUGUCUUACACACUAACUUUACAAGGCAUAGGAUUUGUGUAAGGAAAAAUAUUUUUGGUAUGUGUUCUAUGAAAACAUAAGAGAAAAUAGGAAGUGAAA